AUGUCAGAUCCAGAGGAAAGAGACGCUUUCACCCAUCUGCUAGAAUAUCUUGGAAAGAGUUCUAAGUCCUCCUACGAUUUCGAAUUAUCCUUUCCUAGGGCUAUGGGUGGGCUUUCCGGGCUUAUCAAUCGAGCGAAGGGGUCCCUUGAGAACAAAACGGGAGAGAAGUGGGACUGGUGCCCUCUUUCUCAGCCUGUUCCUGAAGCGAAAGGUGAUCAUAUUAUCGUCUGUUUGACACACUUUUGGGACGGGGACCGCUAUCCUGAGUACGACCAAGUACUUGCAUCUGAAAAAGAGGCUUUCGAGCGUGCUUUUUUGGCCCGAUUAAGCGUUUUGGACCGCGAGGCAAAGAUUGAUACAGAGAGCGACCCGAUCACAAUCAAGUUGACUAAAUCAUUAUUCGGUGCUCAUGUGACCGACUCUUCUGGGGAAUGA